UGGAUUAAUGGUAGUUAUGUGUGGUCACAAUUGUAUAGUGAUUUUGUUUACUUUAAUUUAUAUUGCAGAUUGUGCACAUAGUUCAAUAUUCAAUUUUGUUUGAGUUAAUGGGUAAAGUUCUGGUGUCCAUUGUGUAGACUUUCUUUAUUGGGAAUGAUUAAUUAUCUUCAGUUUAAGUUAAUUUUCUGAUCUGUUGAAUAGGGUAUUUAAUUCAACAUGGCAUCAGUUAACCAAGCAUCUGAUAUUACAGAAGCUCCAGAUAGGAGCCAAAAGGAUGUGCCUGUGGGAGCUACUCCCCCUUGUGAAAAUGUUACUUGUGCCCAGGCACUGGCUGAGCAGACCAGUGCUAAGGAGAACAUUCCUGAGAAAAGUAUUUGCAAUGUGAUGGAGCAAGGACAGGAAACGCCUUCAUCAAUGGUCAACAAAAGUGCUGAAUCAAACAAGGAGAAGCUAGGGCCUCAACUUGCAGAAACUAAAGAUGAAGGGGUGGACAAAGCCCCUGUACUUCAUCCUACUGAACAGGACCAGGGUCAUGGAGGCAAGCUGGUGUCCUGGAUGACUGAUGUGAAAGACAAACCAGCUGGCAUUGUGAAAAUGGCAGCAACCUUUGUUCAAGGCAACCUGGAGCAAAUUAAAACUGUAGCUGAAGGUUCCAAUACUGCGGACCAGCCAGUGGCUACCAGCUCCAAGAUUAAAAUGCUAAAAGCUGCAGAUCUGUGCCUUCCAAUGACCAAAAUAAAACCAGCUAAAGUGCCAGUUCCCAUUGGAGGGUCUGUAAUGGGACAAGAGCCGAGUUUCUAUGUGCACUCAGGAUAUUUGACAUCAAAGCCUCACAAUGAUGGACCUCGGUAUUCUGUGGCUAAGAUGCAACAAGACACACAGGAUGGUCAAGAGAUUCUUUCCUCCUUGAAUAAGCUUCUGGAUCUGAUCAAUGUAGGAAAGAGGGGAACUGAAUCAACACGCCUUGAAGUUCAUGAGCAUUUGAAUCAGAUCCUGCUUGACUGGAGAGAGCACCAACCAAAGAAACAAGAGGAAGAGUUGCUAUUGGAAAAACCUGAACAGGCUGAAUCUCAAUCACUGGCCAUGACUCAGAAACUUUCCAACCAACUACAAGCCAUCUGUCAAAACUUGGCUUCAAGUGUUCAUGGGUUGCCUCAGCACAUUGAAGGACAAGUACAGCACUUCUGCAAAUGGACAGCAGAGAUCUCCAGCACCCUGUCCUUGGCCACCUCUUUUCAGGACCUGUCUGCACAAUUCCUGGCACAGACAAGAGAGAAACUGAUGAAGAUUGGUGAUGGAAUGGAUCAAGUGAUGGACCAUGUGCUUAAUGAUGCAGAGGUUGACUGGUUGAUGGGGCCCAUUAGUCCACACCUAAAUGAAGGUUGGGAACCCAGGAAUCCCACAACUAAAUGAAGACUGGUGUUGAUGUAGAAGGAACCUAGAAAAAGGAUGUGAGCUUAAUUGAGUAUUUCAAUUGUUUCUAUUUUCAAACUUCAUGAAGAUUUGACUGUCCAGAUAAGAAUUGCUACUUUGUUUCAGGUUUAAAUUUGUCCAGUCUAACUAGAUUUGGAUUUUUUAUUUGGUAAUCACUAAACUCUCCUGUAAUGGGCUUGUAAUAAAAAUGCAUACAA